CUAAUCUUUUAAUCGACACAUUCAUAUGGACAUGUUUGAUGGGAAAAUACCUCUAUAAAUUCAAACCAGAGGGCAUGUGUUUUGACUAGAGUGAUAACAAGAAAAGACAACUCACCCAUACAAGGCCCCAGAGUUCCAAAUGUAGGUGAGGCUGCCUCUAACGUAGAUAGCAAAUAAUAGUAACAAUGGACCCCAAACUCUUACAACUGGCUUGACUUACUUUAGUUCUUGUUAGGGUUUUCAUUAGUUCUCCCAUUGUCUUGGCUAAACUCACUCAAAUCAAUGUCACUUUUGAAAAAGAUUAUUAAUUUGAUGUUGUGACAAAGAUUUCAAUGCUUACAGUGAUGCCACACCACUUUUAUAUGUAUAUGGAUGAUCAUUAUUUGUGGGCAAUCUUGAAAUUGCAACCAUAUAUUUCUGAAGAUCAUUAGAGAAUAUAUCAAUCAUCAGGUCAUUCAAUUCUUGGUCAUCUUUAUCUUCAAUGAGAAAUGAAUUAAAGAACUAGAUUAUUAUCGACAGGAUAGGCUUCAUAUCCUAAGUUUUCAAUUCUUUAUUUCUGAGGAUCUUGAAGCCGGGACGCGAAAACCGAAGUUUCAAACAGAACCCACCUUGCCAAUUUAUCUCAAGUUCACAGAUGUGACUUACAAGGUGAUUAUCAAGGGGAUGACCUCGACGGAGGAGAAGGAUAUCUUGAAUGGAAUCACUGGUUCAGUGGAUCCAGGACAAGUCUUGGCACUCAUGGGACCUUCAGGAAGUGGAAAGACAACACUCUUGAAUCUGCUCGGUGGCAGAAUAAUUCAGCCCACUGUUGGCGGUUCAAUCACUUACAAUGAUCAGCCAUAUUCCAAGUCUCUGAAAAGUAGGAUAGGAUUUGUCACUCAAGAUGAUGUUUUGUUUCCUCACCUUACAGUGAAAGAAACAAUAACAUAUGCAGCCCUCCUUCGAUUGCCAAAGACACUGACUAAGGAACAGAAGGAAAAGCGGGCCACAGAUGUCAUCUACGAGCUAGGCUUAGAGAGGUGCCAAGACACCAUGAUCGGAGGCUCAUUCGUCCGCGGAGUCUCAGGCGGCGAAAGGAAACGAGUUUGUAUUGGAAAUGAGAUUAUAAUAAAUCCUUCUGUUUUGUUUCUUGAUGAAGCAACCUCUGGCUUGGAUUCCACAACUGCUUUAAGGAUAGUUCAGAUGUUGCAGGAUAUAGCAGAGGCCGGGAAAACAGUGGUAACAACAAUCCACCAGCCAUCAAGUAGACUGUUCCACAAGUUUGACAAGUUGAUCCUUCUUGGGAAAGGAAGCUUGCUCUAUUUUGGACAAGCAUCAGAAGCAAUGUCCUACUUCUCAUCUAUCGGUUGUAACCCUCUAAUUGCCAUGAACCCAGCUGAGUUCUUGCUAGACCUUGCAAAUGGAAACAUAAAUGAUGUUUCUGUACCAUCAGAAUUGGAGGAUAAAGUCCAAACGGAGGACUCAGAUACCGAAACAAGAAAUGGGAAGCCAUCUCCUAAAAAUGUACAUGAGUAUCUCGUGGGAGCCUACGAGACACGAGUUGCAGAAAAGGAGAAGAAGAAACUUAUGGUUCCUAUACCCCUUGAUGAGGAGGUGAAGUUGAAAGUGUCUUCUCCCAAGCGACAAUGGGGAGCAAGCUGGUGGGAACAAUAUACCAUAUUGUUCUGUAGAGGAAUCAAAGAACGGAGGCAUGACUAUUUCAGCUGGUUGAGGAUAACCCAAGUUCUUUCCACUGCAAUUAUCUUGGGACUCCUAUGGUGGCAAUCAGAUAGUAGCAGCCCCAAAGGCCUGCAAGAUCAGGUAAUCAAUCAAACAACUAUCAGAUCCUUGGGAUACAUGAACAAUCAAUCCAAGAACUCGGAGGAACUUAAACCAUUGUUUAAAUUGCAGGCAGGGCUGCUUUUCUUCAUUGCUGUUUUCUGGGGAUUCUUUCCUGUCUUCACUGCCAUCUUUACAUUUCCUCAAGAAAGAGCUAUGCUAAAUAAGGAACGUGCAGCAGACAUGUAUAGGCUUAGUGCUUAUUUCUUGGCAAGGACUACAAGUGAUCUACCACUUGAUCUGAUACUACCAGUGCUUUUCCUUGUAGUUGUAUAUUUCAUGGCAGGCUUGAAAAUGAGUGCUGGUCCCUUUUUUCUUAGCCUUCUCACAGUUUUCCUCUGUAUUGCUGCCGCGCAGGGACUCGGAUUGGCUAUUGGAGCUACAUUAAUGGACCUGAAGAAAGCUACAACACUGGCUUCUGUAACCGUGAUGACCUUUAUGCUGGCUGGAGGAUACUUUGUGAAGAAAGUUCCAAUAUUCGUUGCUUGGAUCCGCUAUAUGUCUUUCAACUACCAUACUUACAAGCUUCUUCUCAAGGUGCAAUAUGAGCACAUGCUGCCCCCCAUCAGAGGACUGAGAAUAGGCAAUGGUUUAAUGGAAGUAAGUGCCCUGGUGGCUAUGGCUUUUGGCUACCGCCUCUUGGCAUACAUUUCUUUGAGGAAGAUGAAGCGCAAUUGUGGAGUCUAGUAGCCUACAAAUUUCAGAAGAACAUAAAUCUGAAAUGCUAUCCCCCAAUUCUGAGUUUGACUGCUUGACGAGCCAUCUUGUGAAAGCUCACAUUCCAGGGUAGAUUUUUAAGGGAAACUGACAAGGAACCAUCAGAUUUGUACCUCCAGGAUGUUCUAUGCAUCAUAAUAGCAUCAAUAGGAACAUUACAAGCUAUCUUAGGAAUGUGAGGAGGUAAGAGGAUUUUUUUUCUGUGGAGAAUAAUGCUAUCACAUCACCAGACGCUCAUCUUCA